AUGAGUGUGUCCGAUCUCAGUAAAUAUACCUCAGAAUUUCUUGAAAACCUUACCGAUGAUAAAAAGUGGAAUCAAGGUCGACAACAUCUUCGAGAUGGUUUUAAAUUUAGCAGUGAUCAGAGUAGUUGCAAAAUAGCUAUAGCUUCACCUCCUAAAGAUUUAGAAGAAGAGAUUAUCAGAGAGAUAACUAAACGAAUCUUACAGAAUAGAUAUGGAUUUAGCAGGAGACAAGUGGAUGAUUUAUUCUCUACCCAGAAAAAUGGAAAAGGAAAAAUCCCAGUAAAAGCGUUAAUUGAUACAACAUCUAAAUAUAAUACUAUUAGUAAACACUUAUUUGAUAAGCUUGAAUCUGAUCACAGAUUAGAAGGUAUAGUUGGUGAUGAUCUGAUAGGCGAAGAAAUAAAAGGCUUAGAUUUACAGUUUUGCAUUAAAAAAAAGUGGCAAAGUUUAGAUGAUACUGAACUAAUAGACUUUCAAAUUCACAAAAAUCCAUUAUUCGAUCUGGUGUUGAGGCAAGAUUGCAUCCCGUUAUUCGAUGAAGAUUUUAACAAAACUAGCUCCACUAAAAAUAAUUUAUCUAAAUUAACAGAAUCUAAACCUGGUCUAGCUCAAGAGGAGAGUAAGAAAAAUAAUAUCAAAUAUUCCACAGAUGCUUCUUCUAAUUCAGACACUUCAAACAGUAAUUCAAGUAAUUCUUCCACAUCUAGUUCAAAAAUAGAAGUUACACAUGUGCAUAAGACUAAAGCAGUAAAGAAACACUCUAUUCGAAAGCGUAAAGUAAAAG